AUUGGCACGAAUCUUCCAGAUUUGUCAAUAGAACUUACUAGAAUCGACCAGAUAUCUGCCACUCUGCGAGGUAUAAAUGGGCGUGGAGCUCUUCCAAGCCUCCAUUAGCUUCGUUUUAAGCUAUCGAUUUUACAGUCUCUCCUAGCUUUCAAGUAAGUAGAUUGAGGUGAUGGCGCUCUUCUUCUACGGCAAUGACAAUGGUGUCUUCGAUCCCUUCCUGGAGCUCUCGUCCAUCUUGUCCGGCGGCGGCAACGAGCCCUCCAAGCAGGUAGCCAGGGACGCGAGCGCCGUCGCCAACACCCGCGUGGAUUGGCUGGAGACGCCCGACGCCCACGUCUUCAAGGCCGAUCUCCCAGGGCUGAGCAAGGAGGACGUGAAGAUCACGGUGGAGCACGGGCGCACGCUCCAGAUCAGUGGCGAGAGGAAGAUGCACGAGGCCCAGAAGACCGACAAGUGGCACCGGGUGGAGCGCCUGUUUGGCAGCUUCAUGCGGAAGUUCCGGCUGCCCAAGAACGCCAACACGGAGGCGAUCAAGGCCCAGGUGGAGAACGGGGUUCUCACUAUCGUCGUUCCAAAGACCGCCAAGCCGGAGCCGAAACAAAUCCAGGUGGAGUAGAGCUCGCGGACGAGAAG